CAGCCGAGGUUCUAGAUCGUAGAGGAUCAACGGACGAUCAGAUCACCAGACCCGGAGAAAGGUGAAUGCUCGAUCGUUCGAAGAUAAACCAGACGACAUUUCUGGAGCAAACCAGCCACCAUGAGUCACCACUCCACCAGCUAUCCGCUGCUCAUCGUGGGAGUACUGCUGCAGCUGAUCGCCCUGGUAGUGCCCCCGGGCUUGGCCGUCCGCUAUGUGCCAAAGUGGAAGAAGCAGGCCUGCGAGCUACCGACACCACAGAACGAAUACUCGCACUACGUCUGUGACGAUAAUGGCGAUGUGAAGUGCCUUCCGGGUUGGACCGGUGAUCUGUGCGAUGUUCCGAUCUGCAAGAAGGGUUGCGAUCCACUGCAGGGUUACUGUAAGCGACCGGGAGAGUGUCGCUGCAAGCUGGGAUUCUACGGUGAAAACUGUAACCGUUGUAUCCCGUUGCCCGGAUGUCAGCACGGGGGAUGCCAGGUUUCGUUCGAAUGCGUUUGCCACAAGGGCUGGGAUGGAAUCUUCUGCUCGGAGCCGAUCUGUCGUUCCGAUUGCCAUCCAUCACGAGGAUACUGCGAAGCACCGGGUGAGUGUCGCUGCCGGCUAGGAUGGGCCGGUCCAACCUGCCGAGAUUGCCAGGUGCUGCCGGGUUGUAUGCACGGAACGUGCACCAAACCGCUCGAGUGCAAAUGUCUGCCAGGAUGGACGGGAAUACUUUGUCAGACACCGAUGUGUGCCGCCAACUGUAGCCGGGAGCACGGAUACUGUCGUCGUCCGGGAGAGUGUCGGUGUAAGGUCGGAUGGAUGGGUGAAGAUUGCAGCAAGUGCCACGCGUACCCCGGCUGCGUUAAUGGUGACUGCCGGCGUCCGUGGGAGUGCAAUUGCAAGCCAGGCUGGGGAGGAAUGCUCUGCGAUCAGGAGCUAAACUACUGUGAGCAGAAUGCAAAUACUUGCCAGAAUGGCGGAAAAUGCAAGUCACUGAUCAAAGAGGAUGGCUACUAUCGGUGCGAAUGUCCUACCGGGUACAAAGGACGAAACUGUGAGAUUAUGCCGAUGUCGAUGACCACCACCACCAGCAGUACGAUGCAACCCACGACAGCGGCGAUCGAUAUGGAUACGUCCUCGGAGCAAGCGACCUCAUCAACCGUUGGCAGCGAAAGCCAUGAAACAUACCGCAAUUCGACGCUUCCUGGCGCGGCAAGUGACGAUUUUAGUGCCGAAUACAGCUCGGAAGAUCUCGAUAACGAGGCCUAGGAUCGGUACGGC